AUGGAAAUCGAUCCAAUAUUAAAUGAAGAUACUGCACCCUCCGUUGAGGACGAAUCUCAUAGUAUUAAUAUUUCAGCUUGUGAAGGACCAAAUUCCAGUAUAGAAGAGGUCAUUACUGAUAAUCAUAAGCAACCUAAAAAACAAAAAUUGGAAAGGCGUAGUGGAUCUAAAAAGCGAUCCUGGGUUUGGAGACACUUUGACUCGAUCAUAGUAACUGAUAAAGAUGGGAAAGAAACCCACUAUGGUGAAUGUCAAAUUAUAAAAGAUAAUAUACGAUGCACUCAAAAAAUCAAAAUUGUAGGAGGAACAACUUCGAACCUUAUUCAUCACCUUUCUUCAGUGCAUGUUAACGACAAUAAAACUCAUCCAAAAGCAAGAAAUGAUUUUCUUAUUCGAUCUUUAUUGAAAUUCAUAAUUCGUGAAAAUAUGCCACUUAAUCUUGUGUCAAAAGAAUCGUUUCAAGAAUUUGUUCAUAAUCUGGAUUCUGCAUUCAUUAUGCCAUGUGAAAAAACUGUGAAGCAACUUAUUCACGUAACUUAUAAUUAUUCAACAAAUUUACUGAAGCAACGAUUAGAAUUAACUAGUAAGACUGUAUGUUUAACGAUCGAUUUAUGGACAGCACGGAAUCGACAAGGCUUUUUAGGAAUCACAUGUUCAUGGAUAGAUGAAAGCUUUAAAAUGCAGGAGGCUCUUCUUACUUUGUCUUAUUUAAAAUAUCCACAUACAUCA